AUGGCACCAGAGUAUGUGAUGCAUGGGCAAAUCUCUACAAAAUCAGAUGUGUACAGCUUUGGCGUCCUACUUUUGGAAAUAGUGACGGGUAAAAGAUGUGCCGGCUACUAUGGCUCUAAUCCUCCAACUGACCUUAUAAGCUAUGUAAGAAUCAGCAUAACCUUUUAUAUCUACAUUCUGGUUAUCUACUUUGAUGCUCCUUUAUCAUUAGCUUCUCCAUAAUUUUACCUUAUCUGGAAUAUUUCUAUAGAUUUGGCGGCAUUGGGAAGAAGGGAACCCAGUACAAGUGCUCGACGAAGGCAUAGCUGAUGGUUGUUCAGCUGAAGAAGUGUUGAGGCACAUCCACAUUGGACUACUUUGUAUCCAACAUGACCCACUGGAGCGUCCCAGUAUGUCAUUGGUGGUCUUGAUGCUCAGUAGCUACUCAACAUCUCUCCCGGCUGUAUCCCCUCUUUCAAGCUUCACUUACAUGAGCACAGUCACCAAUGGAGACCCAAAAGUGACCAGCACUCCAAUGGGUGGGCCCUCCAUCCCUUUGAACCCAGUCAAUGACAUGUCACCCAUCAACUCAGACAUAACCACAUUAGAGCCUCGCUAG